AAAGCUGACAUCAUUUCAUGAGCUCAUGAAGAUGGAACAAAGUUUUGCUGAUCUGCUUAGUGAUGCUUUUUCAGGAACAGCUGUUCCAUCAUUCCCUGAUGAAGAUUUGGACUUUGAGAAUUUAAAUUUAGAUGAAACAUCUGAGGCAAUCAAAACAGACAUCUCUCAAGAAAACGCAGUAACAAAGGAAGACGGGGCUCUGCAACAGGAAGCAACUGGUCAAACUGCACUUUUGUCUAACAUGGAAACUAAAAAUAUAUACAUGGCUGAAAAUGUUGAUGAAGAGCAGUGUGAUGAUAAAAGCGAAGAGGACUUUGAAGGUGUAGGGGUCAUGAACAGGGACAAAACACUGGAGGAUUACACAAGCUCAGAAGAAGAGACUGAAGAGAAAGGCUCUGGAGAAGAUGAGGAGGAGGAGGAAGAUGAGGAAGAUGAUAUAGGACCAGGAGAGGAACCAGGGGAUUUGUUGAGGUCGGUUCGUUGCGACGACGACUUUUGCGAUGGUAAUAAAGAGGACAGGAUCUUCACUGAGGGACAACCUCUGGCCCCGGAGGCUGCUGGAAACCCUCAAGUUAGAAACGAGGAGCAAGGUGAGAGCGAGAGCGAUGAGGAGAUGUCCUAUUUUGAGAGAGUCCCUGAACGUGGCAGUGAGAUGAUGGUCAGAGGUGAUGGGAUUGAAGAGGAUGAGCGAGAGAAGGAAAAAGAAAAAGAAGAGGACUCGCGUGAUUCUGAGUGUGAGGGCAGGGAAAUCGAACAAGAAGAAGCUGUUCUCGCUCUGUGCUGUGAGCAGAAGCUUGAAGAUCCUUGCGGGGAUGGCCCAGCGAAAGCCAAUUUGGAGUUUCCAGAAAUAUCAGUGAAAAAUCUGCCGGAUCUUAUUGCUGAAGUUGAUAGUGAGAAAUAUGGAGAGAAAAUGAAAGAUUUCUCAGGGGAGGAGCACCAAGAUGCAGGUGAGAGCUUUGCAGAUUAUCCCUCAGACUUUUCCUCAUGUGAAUAUGUCGAAGAUGGAGGCAAAAAUCAAGAGAAGGAUUACCAGUCAAAGGCCUCGGCUUGUGCAUCCGACAGCGAUUCAAUUACAAAGCAGAACACCUGCCUGGAAGGAGCUGUAACAGAUGUCAUGCGGAUGGGGAGAGCUGAGGACACUGGUGAGGAGGGGGACGGGUAUCUGUACAGCAGAAAUUUAGAGGUGGAUGCCAAUGAGUUCAGGAGCCUGGACGUGGCUAACGGAGAAAAAGACUUUGUGGAGAAGGUGUCCGGUGAUGCAGCUGUAACAGGGGUUGAUGAUGGAGGUGAGACAGGUGAGAGUGAUUCCUACACCUCCAGUGAUGAUGAGUUCCAAGAAAAGAGGAGUGAUGUGGAACUCAUGUGUCCACAAGAUGCAGCAUCUUCUGACUACUACAACAGAGUAGAUCCAGCAGAUUUCCACAUUCAUUGGAAUCUAGACGUGUUAACAGCUGAUACCCGUCUGUCUGAAGACCUGUUAACCGCAGAGGACACAGAUGAAGUGGAUGCACUGCUUUCAGAUGUGACUCAGCAUCCUGCAGAAGAUGGCAACAGCUACUCAGUGGUACAGAGUGCAAAAACAACAAACCCCUCUAACCAGGGAUCCCUGGAUGAUAGCUUCUUCUUUAACACUGAACCAGAAGCCUCUGGGAUCAUGGAGACUGGACAGUUGGGAGACGACGAGGACGAAGAGGAGAGGGACUGGGAAAAAGAGCAGCAGAGAAUCAAGGCUUUCUACGAGUUUUAUGAUGACAGCGACGGAGAGAAUGAAAGCGAAGGAAGACAGAUAAAAGUUCAAUUUUGUGCAGAUCCAUUGUCUCAAGUCAUUCACUAUGAGACUGACAGCAGUGACAGAGCUUCACUCAGCAGCUCCACAGACGGGGAGGAGGACCUGAGCUCUGCAGAGACAUCUGAGGAAUUGAAGGAGCUCAACAACGCCACGGAAAUGUCACAGGCUUGUGACCCCCCAAACACUCAGCUACCGGAGAACGUGCCAGAUAUCAGCGACACACACAUCUGUACCAAGAAACACAAAUGCUUCAACAUGCUGAAGCUGACACUGAAGAUGGGUCUGGUGAUACUGACGGGACUGCUGAUGUUCUGGUUUGCCACGGACCAAGCAGGCUGGUUCAGCGAUGUGUCCUUCUUUUAGGUCAAAGCCUAAUUUGUGGUCAUUGAAAUUUGUUCACAUGCUUACGGCGGAUGAAAGAAAAAUCCAGAAAUGACAAUAUUGUCUUGUAAAAAUGCAAUGUAAAGUGCUGUUGUCUGUUACAUGCAAUUGUGUGCUUAAUAAAGAUGUAUCUUUGUUUACAAUGAUGCUGAUGUAUCUGUAGAUGAGUCAUAUUCCCACUUUUUUAUGUAGAUUAUAUCAGGGCUAAAGAGGCCUAAAUCUAAGGCCUCUAAUGUGGUGGACCAUAACUCAGUACAUUUACCAAAGUACUUUACAGUUUUGAGAUACUUCUUCUCGUCGUCAUCACAGAGAGAAAUGUUGUACCCUUUUAUAAAGUUAUAUUUAAUUGCUUUGCAGAUACAAGCUUUUACAUACAAAAUCGAACUUAAAAUAUACAAUACAUUGCUACAGUUUAAACUAUGCAACAGUAUGUAAAGUGUUUUUAUUUUAGAUAGUUACUGUUAUACUGUUGUCAUUGUCGCUAAUAAAAGCAUAAACUUACUUACUUUCUUACUACUUCCUGUAUUUGUGUAUUUGAAUAUAA